GGUUCCGCAAUGGAGUGUUCAGAAAAACGGCUAUCGGCUACUGUUUUUGGCGAGAAAAAACAUUUUCAAAACUUAUCCAAAGAUGAGGCUGUUAAUUUAAAAUUUUCAGAUAUCACAUAUCGAGUGAAGGAAAAAAAUAAAACCAAAACCAUUUUAAAUGGCAUUAAUGGAGAAUUUCGAGCUGGUGAAUUGGCAUGUAUUAUAGGAACUUCAGGAUGCGGAAAAACUACACUUCUUAAUAUGUUGGCAGGUUAUCGCAUUCAGACAUCUUUGGGUCAAAUUUUGGUGAAUGAAAAGAUCCGUGAUUCAAAAGCUUUCGGUCUUAUUUCACGAUAUGUUCUGCAAGAAGACACCAUAAGUCCAUAUUUUACCAUUCUGGAGACAAUGAUGUUUGCUUCGAAUUUUAAAUUGGACGCCAACUACACUAAAGAUCAACGUGAGAAAGUGGUUUUCGAAAUUAUGGAUAUGCUUCGUUUGCGUGAGAAGGCCAAUACAUUGGUGGCCAAUGUAUCAGGCGGUGAACGAAAGCGGCUCUGCAUUGCAUUGGAGUUGAUAGACAACCCAUCGGUGAUAUUGUUGGAUGAGCCCAUAACUGGUUUAGAUGAAUCUUCUGCUUCACAAUGCAUAAAAGCGCUAAAUCAAUUGGCCAAAGGUGGGCGAACCGUAAUCUGCUCCCUUCACUGUCCAUCGGCGAGAUUGUUGCAAAUGUUUCACAAAGUUUAUGCCAUGUCCCGUGGUGAAUGUAUCUACCAGGGACCUAGAAAUCACAUUGUACCCUACUUGGAGCAGUUAAAUCUUCAAUGUCCGCUAACGCACAAUCCUACAGAUUUUAUUAUUGAGGUUUCUAUAAAUGUUUAUGGCGAUUUUCAAAAUGAGAUGGUGCAACAAAUUAAAAAUGGCAAAAUUUUAAACUGGCAUCCGGGUGUCAGUCAGCUUCAGCAGAACGACGAUAUGGCAGUAUGCUCCUCAUCGAAUCCCAACAAAAGAGAAAUAAGGGUAUCUUGGUGGCUAGAAUUUCAAUUGAUAUUUAUUCGAUUUAUGAAGCAAAUGUGGCGAGAUAAGACAAAUUUUAAGUUGAGGAUGCUCUCGUACAUAAUGUGUUCCCUCGGAGUGGGUCUAACCUAUUCCAAAAUUUCUGACAAUGCAGUGUAUAGUGUAUUUAGUUUCUAUUUAUCAUUUACGAUGAUAGCUAUGAUCUUCUUUAUGGCAAUGACACCUAUGUUGGCAUUAAUUCCCAGAGAAAUACAUUUUAUCAGGAGGGAGUACUUCAACCAUUGGUAUCGCAUCAGUUCAUACUUUGUUGCUUUAUUGACUUCACAGUUACCUCUGCUGUGUGGCAUGUCCAUUAUCAGCUCGAUUAUGGUCUAUCUCUUAACCGGUCAACCAAUGCAGUUCUGGAGAUUCUGCAUGUUCGCGGCCAUGGUUAUACUCAUAUCAUUGGUUUCACUUAGCUUUGGAAUAUUGGUGGGAUCAUGUUUCAAUAUCCUGCACUCAUUAUUUUUGGGUUCCAUGUCUUUUGGAGUGAUGGCCAUAGCUGCCCACCAGUCUACGCAUGGAAAAAAUCUCUCAACAUUGCACGAGGUGACUCUUUACAGUAGCUUUAUGAGGUAUGCUUUGGAGGGAGUCUUAGUACCCUUACUGGAUCUCAAUCGGCCCGAUUUUCCUUGUCCUCCAAGUGAAUGGAUGUGUCCAGCAUCUAAAGCCAAAUACAUUUUGAUGAUGUUCGGUAGCUUAAAUAUUAGCUAUACGCGCUCCGUAGUCGUGUUAAGUUCACUCACUGUUAUAUUUUGCCUGAUGGCAUUUUUGAUAAUAAAAUAUCGUUUGAAUUUUAAAAAAGCGUCCAGCGAAUGUAAGCGGCAAACCUACCGGGAAAGUUAAGGAAAAAGUUUUCUUAGCAUAGUGUACAAAAAAUUCUAGGUAAUCAAGGAAGAACAAAUUGUUUUAUUUUCAAUAGUUUUAAGUGGAUUAAAUUUAUCUUAUUAUUAGAAUAAAUUUGAAAAUGUUGUAACUCUUGUCAA